GUGGCGCUCGAAGCGCACCUACCGAGGCUAUCGCCCCACUCCAAUCCGAGGUCUGCAGCUUUUCAAGGAGGGGCGCUACGCUAGGCAUUCUCGGCCAUGAAAGCUAUCAAAGGUGUCCUCCUGACAUGUGACUCGGCUGUGAAGCAAAUUUUGCUCACCAUGAACGAGCGUUGGCACUUCAUCAUCGAAGACCUCGACGACUUCCACGUCGUCAUCAAAGCCGACGAAGAAUACCGCGUCCGGAGAGAGCUAGAGACAGAACUGGAGAAGAAUACGUACAGUCUUGAAGGCUAGCCUGCCGGCGGAUCAUGGAGCGAACGCCACCCCGUCAUUUCUGUCCAUCUCCCUCUUGCCCGCCGAACCGCAGCCGAGAGUAUCUGGACGCAUGGUACAGCGCUUUCGCUUGCUGUCGUCGACAUCUGGUGAGAGCGACGUGCCGUACAAACUCCGGGCCCGAAGGUCCACGAUAACCCCGCGCUCUCCGCCAUGCCAUACCGUCCGAGGAUCAUCGCGGCACUGUUACAUACAUGCUCAUUCGGCGCCGUGUUGUGUCCGUGAGACCCUCGAUGAUACCCAUGCAUCCCUCCCAUCCCUGCGAUGUGCUCGGCAUGGUAUCAUGCAAUGUAUCACUAUGGACGAAAACCCUCGCCAAAGGGGUCGCUUUCAGAACUUGAUAGUCUUUAUUUCAUUUGUUCGCUCAUUCUCAUGGUUCAUGAGAUCGCGUUUCUUCCCAUCAGAUCGUGAAUCCCAAUACAUACACUCGCGAUUU